AUGUACAUCGGUCUGAGGUGUGCUGGAAAGCGUGAGCCGGAAAAAGAAUUAGAGGCGCAGAGAUGGAUUGAGGCGGUAAUCGGGGAGAGGUUUCCGGCGGACCUCCCUUACGAAUUGGCUCUUCGUGAUGGCAUUAUCCUCUGCAAGCUGAUGAACAGACUUCAGCCCGGUAUCAUAACUAAGGUCAAUGUCUCGGGCGGCGACUACAAGUUCAUGGAUAACAUUAACCAGUUCCAAAAAGCGUGCGUCAAGUACGGCGUGCCGGACGUCGAUUUGUUCCAAACAACCGACCUGUGGGAUCAGAAGAACAUAGCCCUCGUCACCCAAACAAUCUUCGCGAUUGGCAGAACGGCGUACAAACACCCUGAAUGGCGCGGCCCCCACCUCGGACCUCGGCCCGCUGAAGAGAACCGUCGGGAGUUCAGCGAAGACGUUCUCCGUGCUGGUGAGACUGUCAUAGGUCUCCAAGCGGGCACCAACAAAAUGGCCAGCCAGUCCGGCCAGAACUUCGGUGCAUCUCGAAAAAUUAUACUGGGCAAG